CGUAAUUACAUGCGUGUAACAAAGCAUGACGUCUUGCCAACUUGUAGGUUAAAAAGCAUGUCGGAGUCUAACGUGAGGGGCUUGUGAUCAUGUUUCACUUUUUUUCUCUCUUAGAUCUUCUUUUUUUUUUCUGGCUUAAAGCAGCCAAACACAAUGCUUUAACCCUAAUCCCCCAAAAAGAUUCAAAUUGAGAUAUAUAAAAGCUUUCUUUCCCUUUUGCUGAAUAGUUGAUGACCCAUUCAUGACUCAUCCUACGGUCAAGUCACAAAAGAUUCAAUAUCUUCGCUUUUCAUUACCCUUUAAAUACCUUACCCUUGCACCAAACCAUUUCAUCAAUCAGCUUCAUUUUACAGACCAAACAACAUCAAGACCAAGAAUACUUACUCCAUUCUCUAAAGAUGAACAUGAGCAGAGUUGACCAACAAGUCAUUAGAUUUCCUGCGGGGAAGACUACUCCGUUUGGUUACUUACCUGAUCCGGCCUCAAUUAACAAGUUCCGAGUUUCGGCUUCUUCCAAGAAAUCUGAACAAAGCAACGGAAAAUCGAUUCUUAAAAGGAAGAAAACCGAUGGUUUCACCAAUGGAGCUAGAGACCAGAGCAAGCUAAGACCAAAGCUAACUGAAACAGUGAAGAGAAAGCUAUCUUUGGGCGCUAGGAUUCUUCAGGUUGGAGGUUUAGAGAAGAUCUUCAAGCGACUUUUUAGAGUCAGUGAAGGUGAGAAACUGUUCAAAAUGUACCAGUGUUACUUGUCGACAACCGCAGGUCCCAUCGCCGGCCUUCUAUUCAUCUCGUCCAAGAAAAUGGCGUUCUGCAGCGAGCGAUCGAUAAAGGUGGAUUCCCCUCAAGGAGACAUGAUCCGGGUUCACUACAAAGUAUCACUCCCCUUGUGCAAGAUCGACAGAGUGAACCAGAGUCAGAACACAAAGAAACCAUCACAGAAGUACCUAGAAGUAGUCACGGUCGACGGUUUUGACUUCUGGUUUAUGGGAUUCAUGAGCUACCAGAAAGCUUUCAAUUGCCUUGAGAAGGCUCUUUCUCUGAGCUUUGAAGACAACAAAGAGCAAUAAAGCCGCGAUUUCAGAGGAGUUAUGGAGUUUACAAGAAAUAUUUCAUUUCUUCUUUCCUUUCUUGAUUGAUCAGAAAAUAGUCCUAGAAAGACAGAAAAUUACUGUACAAACUCAAAUUCUUUUCUUUUCCAUUGUAGACAAAUAUCAGAUGAAUAUAUUAAUUCAUUUAUCUUUACAAA